AUGGAUGCAUUAACCUUUGGAACGCCACGGCUGGCACGUCACCUAAUGGCCCCCUCAUCUCAGAACAAAGAUAUUCUAGAGAUCCAACUGGAUCGGGUGCUUGAGGAGCUUGAUGUCAGCCAGGAGCAGUUUAUUGACCUAUGCAUCCUGUGCGGUUGUGAUUUCUGUGGGCGAAUCGCUGGCGUAGGACCCACAACAGCUCUGAAGCUGAUGAAGGAGCAUGGAACUAUAGAGGAGGUUGUCAAGCAUCUGGAGAAGAAGGCUUCGAAAACGAUUCCAGAUCCCUAUCCCUUCAAAGAAGCAAGGGAGCUGUUCAAAUCGAUGGAUGUGCUCACUGGAGAACAACUUCCUGAGCUCAAAUGGGGCAAUGUGGACGAAGAACAAUUGGUCAAGUUCCUUGUUGGGGAGAAAUCCUUCAGCGAGGACAGGAUCAGGAAGACAAUUGGGAAGCUGAAGGCCGCACAUGGACGAUCCACACAGGGACGUCUGGAGUCGUUCUUUGGACCUGUAACAGUGAAGCCUGCUACAAAACGGAAAGAGCCACCAACGAAAGGAACAGCAAAAGCAGUGAAAAAGGGCAAACUCGGUGCAGUGGGCAAGAAGCCCAAGUGA